CCCUCAUAAAAAAAAACAAAAAAAAAAAACUUGUAGAGCAACGACCAUGGAGAAAGCUCUGAUCUGUUCCAUAUUCUGAUAUCUUCCUUUUCUCUUGCUUUUUGAUCUGAAACGUUUGUCAUUGUCGGAAAAUGGAGAAUCCGGUGGGUUUCAGAUUCCGUCCGACCGACGAGGAGAUAGUCGACCAUUACCUCCGGGUGAAAAAUCUUGAAAGUGACACGAGCCAUGUCGAUGAAGUCAUUAGCACAGUCGAUAUCUGUAGCUUAGAACCUUGGAAUUUACCUUCCCAGUCUAUGAUCAAAUCGAGUGAUGAGGUUUGGCAUUUCUUUGGUCGUAAGGAGAAUAAAUAUAACAGAGGUGAUCGACAGAUGAGAAAAACCAAGUCUGGUUUUUGGAAGAAAACUGGAGCUACCAUAAAUAUCAUGCGCAAAAGGGGAAAUCGCGAAAAGAUCGGUGAGAAAAAGGUUUUGAUGUUUUACUUUAAUAAGAGUCUCAAGUCCGAUUGGGUUAUGCAUGAGUAUCACGCUACGUUCUCGUCUCCUAAUAUGAUGACAUAUACACUCUGCAAAGUCAAGUUUAAGGGUGAAAGCAGAGAGGUUUCUGUUUCUUCUGGUAGUGGAAUUGAGCUUACUCACUCUUUGAUCCCUCAUACCAACGAUUUUGGAGUUUUUAGUGUAGAGACAGAGGAAGAAACUCAACUGGAAGAUGCAGUGCGCAGGGCUAUCAACAAUAUAUCGACUGAUGAGUGGAACAGUUUGUUCAAUGAUGAUGAGCAGAGACAGAGUAACAUUGUGAUGACGUAUACAAUCUGCAAAGUUGAGUUUAAGGGUGAAGAGACAGAGAUUUCUUCUUCUUCUACUGGUAGUGAAAUUGAACAGAUUCACUCUUUAAUCCCUCUUGUGAACAAUUCUGGAGGAUCUGAGGGAUCGUCGUUUCACAGCCAAGAAUUACAGAAUUCAAGUCAGUCUGGUGGCUUUGCUAAUGUGCAGGAAGAAUCUCAAAUCGAUGAUGCAACUACGCCGAUUGAGGAGGAAUGGAAAACAUGGUUGAAUGAUGAUGAUGAUGAUGAGCAGAGGAAUAUCCUGUUUAUGCAAGAUAAUCGCAACGAUUACACACCUCUAAAGUCGUUAACUGGUGUCUUCAGUGAUCAUAGCAGUGAAGAUAAUGAUUCUGAUUUGAUAUCUGCCACUACAAAUUCUAUUGAAACUUUGAGCACUUGUGAUAGUUUUGCUAGCUCAAAGCAUCAGACUGACCAAAUCAAAACUCAAAAAUCUCCUGUCUCAACAAUCAAGUUAGUGUCAUUAACUCAGGAGGUGAGCCAAGCUCUGGAUCAAGGAACUGAGAUUCGAGAGCAUAAAAUGGGUCAAGAGAUGAUCAAGAAGAAAAGUGCUGGUUUUUGUAAAAGGGUGAUACAAAAUUUGAUGAUGAUGACAUACACUAUCUGUAAAGUUAUGUUUAAGGGUGACGUGAAGGAGAUUUCUUCUUCUUCUUCUUCUUCUGGUAGUGGUAUUGAGCAGAGUUGUGACCCUUUAAUCCCUCAGCUUGUGAACAAUUCUGAGGGAUCGUCGUUUCACAGCGAAGAGUUACAGAAUCCAAGUCGGUUUGGUGAUGUGCAGCAAGAAGCUCAAAUCGAAGAUGCUAUACCGAUUGAGGAAUGGGAGACAUGGUUGAAUGAUGAUGAUGCUGGUGAACAGAGGAGUAUCAUGUUUAUGCAAGAUAAUCGCAAUGAUUACAAACCUCCAAAGUCAUUAACUGGUGUCUUCAGUGAUGAUAGCAGUGAUGAUAAUGAUUCUGAUUUGCUAUCUCCAACAACAAAAUCUAUUGAAACCUCGAGCACUUGUGAUAGUUUUGCUAGCUCAAAUCAUUGCGUAGACCCAAUCAAAGGCCUGCAAGAAUCUCCUAACUCAACAAUCAAGUUAGGGUCACUAACUCAAGAGGUGAGCCAAGCUCCGAGAACCAGUAUUGAUACAUCCGAGAACAAGAAUAAUCCUUAUGAUGAUGCACAAGGGAUUGAGAUUGGAGUGUAUAAAUUGGGUCAAGAGACGGUCAAGAAGACAAGUGCUGGUUUCUUUCACAGGAUGAUACAAAAAUUCGUCAAGAAAAUUCGAGUUCACCUAUGUUCUUCUAUCUCAAGAGCAUAAUAGCAAUAAAAGUGAUCAAAAACACCGUUUGUACUUUCCAAAAAUCUGCAGAAGUAUAUGUUAUGUCUUUCUUGUUUUGUAACGUUUCCAUUUGUAUGUGUGUCCUAGUAUAUAUAAAAAGAUGGCGAAUAU